AUGCGCCCGUCCACGCCCGCACCGCUGAUGCCGAAACCCAUCUUCUCCAGCGGCUGGCAAGCUCCGCGUCUCGUUAGUAAUCAACGUGCGAUCGCAGCCCGUGGCCAUGGCGUGCCUGGUGGUCAACACUUCAUAAGAGGUCUGGCUACCCACCCUCGGGCCCAGCUGGUCCAGCUCGCCCACUUCCGUCAUCCACACCCCACAUCGACGACUUCGCACCGAAGAGCACUGCACACCACUGCUCCCAGGACAACAAGACCAGACCCAAGAGAUACCCAGCAGCCGCAGUCUGCCCCAGGAAACAAGAUGGCAUCCGCGACGACUUUCUACGACUUCAAGCCCCUCGACAAGAAGGGCGCUGAGAAGCCUUUGAGCGAGUACAAGGGCAAGGUGGUGCUGGCCGUCAACACCGCCUCCAAGUGUGGCUUCACCCCCCAGUACGCCGGUCUCGAGAAGCUGUACAAGGACAUCGUCGCCAAGCACCCCGACGACUUCGUCGUCCUGGGCUUCCCCUGCAACCAGUUCGGCGGCCAGGAGCCCGGCUCCGACGACGACAUCCAGAGCUUCUGCCAGAUCAACUACGGCGUCAGCUUCCCCAUCUUCGGCAAGCUCGAGGUCAACGGCGACAACGCCAGCCCCCUGUUCGACUGGUUGAAGAACGAGAAGCCCGGCAUCAUGGGCCUGAAGCGCGUCAAGUGGAACUUUGAGAAGUUCCUGAUCGGCAAGGAUGGCAAGGUCAAGGGCCGCUGGGCGAGCACCACCAAGCCCGAGUCGCUCGAGGCGGCCAUUCUGGAGGAGAUCAACAAGCAGGCGUAG